CUUUAGAUGCCGACACGUCCGACUGGGCACAAGUCAUGAGCGUGAAUGUGGCUGGAUACUCGAAUAUGGUACAGGCCUGCUUUCUUCACAUGAAGACAGCCGAACCUGACGCCAGAUCAGUCGUCAAUAUAGCCAGUAUGGUCGGCCACGUGGCAUCGGCCUGUAAGAGGACGUACUCGACCAGUAAAGGUGCUGUGCUGGAGCUGACUCGGUGUAUGGCACUGGACUUGGCCAAAGAUGACAUCCGGGUGAACUCCGUGUCACCGGGAGUCAUAAAUACGGCAGCGGCACAAUCCACAGGGGUCCAAACAACGAGGUCAACAUACUGGGCAUUAGCCACGUACUACAUCUGA